CCGCGCGCGAACGCGGACGCGCCGCCCGCCCAAGUGUAGUGUACCGUGUUUGUGUUACAGGUAUCCCAUAUUAAAAGAUAAUAGUGACUGUGGUCGGCUCACAAGUGAAAGUACCAUCAAAGUUACGUUUAAGUUAAGAGGUUUAGUGACAGUGAACUAAUGACAAGAAUAGUAAUUGAUAAUUUAACAUUCCACGAUGGCGCUGACGCACCUGCUCAACGAACAAGCUAAGCCCUCCCUCCCCGUGCUGACUGACACCUACCUGUACAGUUGAAAACAUGGUCAAAUAGUGCUAGUGUUAAGUGAAAAUGAGCUUAUAAGUUAAGUCAGUCAGUAGAGAUGCCUUACUACGGCUACCGCGAGUCGGAGUCGAGUGGGGCGGAGUCCGGGGCUGAGUCGGACUCCGAGGGAGGCCUGAGUACUGAGAGCGCGGCGGGGCCGGGGCUCCCUUACCCGGGGUUCACGCCGGUCGCGCUCCGGUACCUCACACAGGACACCAGGCCAAGGAGUUGGUGCCUCAAGCUGAUCACCAAUCCGUGGUUCGAGCGGGUGUCAAUGCUGGUGAUCCUGCUGAACUGCGUCACGCUCGGCAUGUACCAGCCGUGCGUCGACGACCAGUGCGUCACCAACCGCUGCAAGAUAUUACAGGUGUUCGACGACAUAAUAUUCGCGUUCUUCACGCUGGAGAUGACCAUCAAGAUGGUGGCGAUGGGCGUGUACGGGCACGGCACCUACCUCGCCGACUCCUGGAACCGGCUCGAUUUCUUCAUCGUACAGGCCGGAGCCCUGGAGUACGCUCUCAACGUGGAGAACAUAAAUCUAUCAGCCAUUAGGACUAUCAGGGUGUUGAGACCUUUGAGAGCGAUUAAUAGGAUACCAAGUAUGCGAAUUCUAGUGAUGCUCCUACUAGACACGUUACCGAUGUUGGGUAAUGUUUUACUGCUGUGUUUCUUCGUUUUCUUUAUAUUCGGUAUAGUCGGUGUGCAACUUUGGGAGGGCAUACUGCGGCAACGGUGCGAGCUGGUCUUACCACCCAACGUCCUGAGGCCCAACAUAUCGUUUUACUACGAAUUCUCCAAAGAAUUGGACUACAUCUGUACCACGCCAGAGGACAGUGGAAUGCAUACUUGUGGAAAUUUUCCACCAUACCGCUAUGGGCCUUUGGUCUGCAACGAGACAGCGAAGCCCUUCUCCUAUAAUAGCCCAACAAAUGUCUCAUGUGUGAACUGGAAUCAAUAUUAUACAAACUGCACACAAAGAGGAUCGAACCCAUUCCAAGGGACAAUUUCGUUCGAUAAUAUUGGCUUGGCCUGGGUCGCGAUAUUUCUGGUCAUUUCACUCGAAGGAUGGACGGAUAUAAUGUAUUAUGUUCAAGAUGCCCACAGCUUUUGGGAUUGGAUUUAUUUUGUACUUUUAAUAGUGAUUGGUUCAUUUUUUAUGAUCAACCUCUGCUUAGUCGUUAUAGCGACGCAAUUUAGUGAAACAAAAAAACGCGAAAUGGAGAGAAUGAGAGCGGAGCGUGCGAGGUUUACGUCAUCAUCGACGCUAGCCUCCUCCACCAACAACAGCGAGCCAGCGACGUGCUACGCUGAAAUAGUCAAAUACGUCGCCCAUCUGUGGAGAAGAUUCAAAAGACGCAUGGCGAAAAAAAUAAGAGUGUACAGGUAUCAGCGCGCUCAGCUCAAAUGGCGGACGAGCAGAGAGACGUUGCAACUACCCGCACACCGACCGAAACAGCACCAUCCCUGUUGCCCGAGAGUUCAUCCACCGGGUAACGGCAAAAGCGCUGUUGACGAGAGUAACGACGAGGCCCUGAGCCGGCCGAGCCUUUUGAGAGUACCCUCACUAUCCGCCGCCGAUCUGGAGAAUGCGUCGAAUUUAUCUUUGCUAUCACCACCGUCGCUGGCGAGAAGACGGUCAUCGGUUAUGUUCAGUGACACGGUGUUACUCCACGCACCAAACACACCGCACUUGGCACAUCCACACAAUGUGUGCUCAUCAGAGAAGAUGACACAAACAGAAUUUGACUUGCCCACUGGUGAGACAGCGGAAGAAAGAGCGGCGGCAGGUGGUACCAUGUCAUGUCAGGAGCUCCUGGCAUUAUCUGGGGCACUGUCAGCAGCCUUACCUACUGGACAAGUAGCAUUAGAUUCCUUUUUCGAAGAACUGACUAAAGGCAUAAGCAAACGCGCCGGAGACGAAAAAGUUGAGACUAAGGUUGUAGAAAUAGAUGAUUUUUCAUGCUGUGCCGAAUUAAUAGCAGCUGAGGCUGCGGCAAAGGAAAAGAAAAAGGGCAGAUUUUCAAACGCUUGUCGCAACAUGUGGAGAUCUGUUUCCAAGUUCUUUAGUAUGUUAAGAAAGCACAUAAAGGCAAUCGUAUGUCAUAAAUACUUUCAACAAGGUAUCCUAUUAGCCAUAUUAAUAAAUACAUUAUCAAUGGGUAUCGAGUAUCACAACCAACCCGAGGAGCUUACAGUUAUUGUUGAAAUAAGCAACAUCGUAUUUUCUGCUAUAUUCGCCGUAGAAAUGAUAUUAAAGAUUAUAUCAGAGGGACCGUUCAAAUACAUUUCUAACGGUUUCAACGUUUUUGAUGGUAUUAUUGUUAUUUUAAGUGCGUUUGAGCUAGCUCACAGUUUUAAUAAUGAACAAGACUUAGCUGGGAGCUCGGGCUUGUCAGUGCUCCGUACAUUUCGCCUUUUGCGAAUACUAAAGUUGGUACGUUUUAUGCCGAAUUUGAGGAGACAACUGUUCGUCAUGCUGCGAACGAUGGACAAUGUAGCAGUAUUCUUUUCACUCCUCGUACUUUUUAUUUUCAUAUUCAGUAUUCUGGGCAUGUAUCUAUUCGGUGGUAAGUUUUGCAAGUUCGUGGAGGACAAUGGCACCGAGCGGGACUGUACCUGCCCCGAGAUCAUAUCGCAUCACCCCAAAUGUGAAUGCGACCGGAAACAUUUUAAUAACAUACUCUGGGCCACUGUCACCGUCUUUCAGGUUUUGACGCAGGAGGACUGGAACGUUGUAUUAUUCAACGGAAUGGAAAAAACGAGUCAUUGGGCCGCGCUAUAUUUCGUAGCUCUAAUGACAUUUGGGAAUUACGUGCUAUUUAACUUGCUCGUAGCUAUUCUCGUCGAGGGUUUCAGUUCUGAGCGAAACGAACGACGAGAAAGGGAGCAGAGGGAAUUAGCUAAGUCGAAAUUAUCCAGUGAGUGUUUCUCUGAUAACAAUGAGCUUCAGUAUGAUGACUCUAAUUCGGGAUCCCAUUCUAGCGACAGCUUCUCACAAAAUGAAAUAAAAAACUUCUGGAAGUCAGCUGACGAUAUCAGAAAGGCGAAAGAUGAAAACGGACAUAAAGACAAGACGCAGUCGCGUAGAAAAGUUAAGAGCAAUCAUCACCCCACUCUUUGCAAGGACUGUGCUCAGUCGAACAAGUGCAAUCUACAAAAGGAAUCAAAAAUGCUAGCGUCAAACACAGGAGUGACAGAGAAUAGUACAGUGGUUCCCAUGAUAACCACCACCGCUGCUACACCUCAGGAUUCACCAUCGACAACCCUGGAACCGGGAACCACAUUCAAGGACUUCAAUAUGGCUUUGACUCUGGAAAGAUCGACUAUGUUAUCCAGCUUAGAUUCCAUUGAUAGGACAUCGUGUACAAGCAUUCCCGGGCUCCUAAAGCCACCGAACAGUUACACCUUAACGCUGCAUUCGGCGGCUGCGCAACUGCGGUCGGAGAAAGCGAGGCUCCCACCGAUGACCCUAGCCCCACCACCAGUUACGUUAGCGCCACCACCCACCAGGUCCACGUCUCCUGGUACCGCCACUCCCGCCACCCCAAGGUCGCUACCGUCACCGAUGCUGCCGGAGAAGAAUCUCCAAGUUACCAUCGCCAAGGAAGACAACUUGAACGUCAGCGAAAAGUCCAGCCUCAUCAGUUCGCAGAAGAGUCUCACAAUUGUGACGCCGACUACGAACGGCGAUGACAAGUGCAAGGUCCAACGUGGCUACAGCUGGAGACUUUCACGGCCUAGUCUGAGAAAGAAGAAGCAGAGGACUGGAUCAGACUCUGACGCCGUGAUUCUCAACAAUGGCAGAGACCAUAUCGCUUGUAAUGGUUCUAAUCUGCGUAAAAACGAGCUGCUGCUAUCGUCUUCUAUCGUGAUCAAGAACGACACACAGUCUGAACUGAACAACCGGUCGAAGUCUCAGCUUCCCCCUCCGAGAGUGUUGGCGCCACCUGCUAGACGAGUUUCAGCACAUACGACGCCAAUACUGCCAGAUGUGUCGUGGAAGGCUCCAGAGGCGGGGUUUUCGUCGGACUCAACUGUCAGAUUAGACGCCGUCAAAACAUCCACCCACAGACUAUCCCUGACCAACGACUAUUUGACAGUAACAACUGUUUCCGAGGUGAAGGCGAGCAACCUGUCCGGGGGGCCGGCCCCUCCCCCGGCCUCCCUGCCCCCCCUGCAGCCCCGGACCAACAACCAGGCCCUGCCACUUAUCAAACAGAUCAAUGAAGAGGUGGCAAACAACAACGUCUGUAUAUUUUCGCCGCGGUUCGACCGGCGACAGUUCCGGUUCAAGGACCUGUUUAGGUUCAUGGAACCGACUGGGUGUCUCAAGGAAAAGGAGGACUACUCCCUCUAUAUAUUCGCCCCGGAUAACAAGAUGCGUCGUCUCUGCACAUGGAUGGUGACUCGCAACGCGUUCGACAACAUCGUGCUGCUGUUUAUCGCCCUCAACUGCAUCACGCUGGCGAUGGAGCGACCCAACAUACCGCCUGACUCCAAGGAGCGGGCAUUCCUGUCUAGCGCGAAUUAUGUCUUCACUGUAGUGUUCGCUGUGGAGAUGUUUAUUAAGGUGGUAGCAUCUGGCAUGUUUUACGGGCCCGAAGCUUACUUCACCUCGGGGUGGAACAUCAUGGACGGCUCGCUGGUCAUCAUAUCCAUUAUCGAUCUCCUCAUGUCGCUGGUCUCUGAGAGUAGUCCAAGGAUCUUCGGGAUUUUGAGGGUAUUCAGGCUACUGCGGUCUCUGCGACCGCUGCGAGUGAUAAACAGGGCCCCAGGGUUAAAGCUCGUGGUACAGACGCUACUGUCGUCGCUCAGACCCAUCGGUAACAUCGUGCUUAUAUGCUGCACGUUCUUCAUCAUUUUUGGGAUUCUGGGAGUACAGCUAUUCAAAGGCGCGUUUUUUUACUGCGAGGGCGCCAACAUAAAGAACGUGAAGAACAAGUCAGAUUGCCUGGCGAUUGAGGGCAACGUGUGGGUGAAUAGGAAGUAUAACUUUGAUGACCUGGGCAAGGCUCUGAUGUCGUUGUUCGUGCUGAGCUCGAGGGACGGCUGGGUCAAUAUCAUGUAUACCGGCUUGGAUGCCGUUGGGGUUGAUCAGCAGCCAAUAGUGAACUACUCGGAAUGGCGUCUCCUGUACUUCAUAGCGUUCAUCCUGCUAGUGGGGUUCUUUGUGCUGAACAUGUUCGUGGGAGUGGUGGUGGAGAACUUCCACCGGUGUAGAGAGGAGCAGGAGAAGGAAGAGAGAGUGAGGAGAGCCGCGAAGAGAGCGCUGCAGAUGGAGAAGAAGAGACGAAAGAUGCACCAGAGGCCAUAUUAUGCGGACUAUGGUCAAUAUCGUCUUUUCGUCCACAACGUGGUCACUUCUAAGUAUUUCGACCUGGCCAUAGCUGGAGUCAUUGGCCUCAACGUCGUGACCAUGGCCAUAGAAUACUACAGAAUGCCCCCAGCUCUGCAGUAUGCAUUGAAGAUUUUCAACUACUUCUUCACCGCCGUAUUCAUACUAGAAGCGGCAAUGAAACUAGUAGCCCUAGGAUUCAAAAUCUACUUGAAAGACAAAUGGAAUCAACUAGACGUAAUUAUAGUUAUAUUAUCAAUAGUAGGUAUAGUUUUAGAGGAACUAGAGACAAAUAUAAUUCCAAUAAAUCCAACGAUUAUGAGGGUGAUGCGAGUACUGAGGAUCGCAAGAGUUUUAAAAUUGCUGAAGAUGGCAAAAGGUAUAAGAGCAUUAUUAGACACGGUCAUGCAAGCGUUACCUCAAGUCGGCAAUUUGGGGUUGCUGUUUUUUCUACUGUUCUUCAUAUUCGCGGCACUUGGAGUGGAGCUAUUUGGAAGACUGGAGUGCUCCGAUGAAAUCCCUUGUCAAGGUCUUGGCGAGCACGCGCAUUUCGCUAAUUUCGGUAUGGCAUUUCUCACUCUUUUUCGAGUGGCCACGGGAGACAAUUGGAACGGCAUCAUGAAGGACACUCUUCGCGAGGACUGCGACAGCUCCGUGGAUUGUGUGCGCAAUUGUUGCGUCUCCACCAUUAUAGCGCCCAUAUUCUUUGUUGUCUUCGUACUUAUGGCUCAGUUUGUACUCGUCAACGUCGUCGUUGCUGUCCUCAUGAAACACCUAGAAGAAUCACACAAGCAAAUGGAGGACGAAAACGACAUGGACGUUGAGUUAGAAAGAGAACUCGAACGAGAGGCGGACGACGAAGAAGACAGAGCGCUGUGUCUCGCGCUGGAACAGUGCGUCACACCCCCGAGAACUUUGAACAAGGUGCCAUCACUACCAGCUAACUUCACGUACAGUGAACCAAAACAACCAAUAAUAUUGUCACCAGCGCGCAGAAGACGUACUUUACAUUCGCAUCACGCGCUACUACCAGCAGCUCUAAUGCCGAGAAGGGCAUCUCUUUCCCCCCAUGCGUUUGUACGGAGACGACAAGAUUCCAACUCCGACACCCGAAGCGCAUUAUACGAGGAAGAUGCGCGAUUCAUUGACGCAGACGACAUAGACGAUCUGGAACCGGGGAGUCCUCCAAGGCGGGACUCCUUCUCCCAGAAUCGCAGGCAGAGGAUAGACAAAAUAAAUUCGCUUCGCGGCGAAGAAGCGAGGCUGCUGCGACCGCGGCAAAUGCUGCUAGCCGUUCCUACAACUAGACAGAGUAUCAAAUAUGGAUCUUCAAAAAGAAGACCGUCUACCGAAUCAGCCGCUACGAGCGAGGCGAGUCACGUUUCUCAACGGUCUCAACUGACGCCCGAAACGGCUGACCAACCUAUAAGCGAGGAGGAGAAAAUCAGAAUUGUAAUAGCAGAGAGACGAAGGAUCGACUCGACGAAGACCGAAGCUGAGGACGUAGAAAUGUCGGAACGAGGAUCCUAGUCCAGGCCAAGCCGGCCGCAACAACAUCACGAAGUUUACAUCUAGACUCGAGUCGAGAUGUAGACUGGUGUCCUCCUAUCUCCUUAAGUGUGUAAAUGGAUAGUACGAAUGUGGUGGCGGUUGCAAGUGAACUAAUAAACUAGUGUUUUCGAUUGACUCUCGAACGUCUCUGUCAAUCUUAAGUUAACAACCGAUCAGAUCGACUGCAAGUGUUACGGAAUGUCUUCUUUUCUCUCCGACUACCCUCCGCCUCUCCUGACCGCGGCCGGUUCAAUCGCAAAAAGACUUAAAUCAAUUUAUUGUUUAUUAAGGAUUAGUUAGUUACUAGAACUAGUCAAUUCGUGGUGGUGAGAUUUUCUACGAGUGCUAAAGUUUUCUUCGAAACUUAAUUUAGUUUUUAGUGCGGUGCUUACUGUAAAUCUUUUAGACUCUUAAGAUUUUCCAUAAGACCUCAACGAAAGUGAAAUCUGGUGUGCGUUUUAUUGGGUGUGUAGUUUUUGUGUCAAUUCGAAUAUUUAGAUUUAAUUUGUGUAUUUUAAGUACGGGUUUCCGAUCAUUGAAAUUUUGUAUAAGGACGAUUUUAAAAGCCUAUCGUUAUGUUUGUUUAUUGUUAAAUGUUGAUUUAUAUACUGACAGAUAACUAUUAAUGUUUAAGAAGAGUUUAGAUCAGUAGAUGAGAUCGUAGCUAGAUGUUUGUCUAUUUUACGAAUAGCAACAGAACCAAAAGUUCGUUCUAAGUAUUAAUUUCUCUUAAAGAAGAAAUAUUUUCUGAUAUAAAAUCGACCUAUUUUCAUACAAAUGGAAUUCAUAAAUUAGACUUUGUAAAAGACAAUUCGCACAUUAGAACUAGACGAUCAUCGAGUAAAGUAAAAGAAGAAAAUAUUAGGACGAUAGAAUAACUUCUUGCCUGUCUCAAGUAACAAAGAAUCUAAUAAAACUGUGAGUAGCCGUAAUAUAUUUGACGAUGUAAAAAACUUAAUUAAAACUAUUCAAGUAAUUACCCGACUCGAUGAAGGCAGCAUCUUGAAAAUAUUGUAGUCGCUAACAUAAUUUAGUUAGUUUUUGUUCCAAACGAGACGAAGUCGUAAAAUUCUCAUGCUAUUAAUCGAAAACUUAAGCGUUAAGAAAUUGUUUCGAGCGGAUAAGAAAGUCGCUCCUAGUGUGCCAAAUUUCCAAAUUAUUUUUAUGUAACUCCGAGUACUGUAUGUUCUUCUUGUACGUGUGAUUUUAUCAUAAGAAUGUACAAUAAGGAAAGUUCAGCAAUAAAUUUUAUACUUCGACUGUGCCUUUCCUAUUUCUAAUGUAUUAGCUCGAGUAAUGGAUGUUCACGUACUGUAUAGUUUAUAAUAGAAUAGACAUUUAGACGAUUUCAUACGAUUAUCAUAUUGCUGUCAUCUCCACUGUAUUAACUUUAAAGGUGAGACCGCACUACGCGACACGAUACGACACGACACUUCACCUAUCAUAGAACUUACUGUUCAAAACGUGCUUGUGCGGUCUUGCUUUUCGAUUGAAAACUUUUUUAACUUGGUUUUCUUAUUUAAUUUGAAUGUAUCUUAAAUCUUUGUACUAAAC